AUGCGUUGCGUGGCCCGUAUCAUUCUACUGACUUGUUUCAUCUUCAUUGCAUUCAUCUAUCUUGCUGUAUCUCAUGCUAAUUCAAAGAUUGUAGUUGCCUUUGAUGCGAACGAUGAAGAAGCGCGUCGAAUUCUGGACAGUGCAAUACCAUCUCCAACAGUUGCCAGCCCAUUUAACAGCAGCGCACCCCAGUCGAUGUCCGUUUCGGUAGCAUUAGUUUUAAUUGUUUCACUUAUCAGUGUUGCUCUUUUAAUCACAGGUAUAAUCAUAAUUGCCGUUACGCUAGACCCAACUUCAAAUAAUGAAGAUGAUGAAGAAUCGGAUCUGGAGAUCGACGAACCGACCAAAAAGAAAGACAAGCAGAUUGCAGAUCAGAACGGCUAUUAUCCACGUUUCGACUAUGACUUCAACAAUUCAACUACGAUUCUCUCCGAGCUGUGA